AUGCUCUCUAAUGACUUAUUCCUCGUCCGAGCAGGUUUUCUAAUCGGCAAUCCCUCGUUCGAGACUCACGAACGAGACACCCACUGCACUGCGAUGGAGUCGCCGGCCGGAACGAGUGAUGGGAGAAAAUGCGAUGACGAAAUCUUUUCUUGGAUUCCUUUGAAGACGUGGUUAUCAACCAAUAUCCCAUUUCUUUCCUCUUCACGUCGAUUUCCUUCAUUCCACUUUUCGGUAGCCAAUACAGCUUGUGCCAUUCAUCAACCUAGUACUUUCACUGUCACUGUCAAAUCGUUCUUGGGAACAUCAUAUCGACUUCAAGCUCAUAUCAAAAUGCCAUAUGAACCCAUUCGAAAUUUCAUCCAUGAGGACGAGAAUCCCGAUGAAGUGUUUGAUCCGCCGUAUUUGAUUGCAGACGGAGACGACGCCCCAGCGCGUCAUCCGACACUCGAGCGCCUCUGGCGUCAAGGAACGGAAAGUCGUCGGCUGAUGGAGGAAAGCCAAAGCUUCACUAUCGGUGUCACUUUCAAGAUUCACACCAACGAUAUCGUUGAGGUAACCCCUGGAAUGGCUAAAUCCUCUUCUACUUCGAAAGUGACCGCCGCGAAAAAACGAGCUGCACCACCUCCUGUUUUCGCUGUCAUCGACUCCUCAGACUUCAAAGUCUUCCUGUACGGGAAGUCUUUGAAUGAGCUGAAGGAGUUUGUUGGCGACGUGUGCGACCGUUAUUUCACCAGGAUUAAGAAGGUGGUUCUCAACAGCGUGUUGGCCCCUUUGCUCAACUGGAAUGCCAGCGUUGGAUCGAAGAAAACGAAGUUAAUCGAUUUCAAAUCAUAUCAAGAGUUUGUUGUCAAUUUGGGCAAAAGUCGUAGCUCGAAAGGAAAUAUCAACAUCAUUUUAGAGAAGGCGCAAGUCAAGCAGAAGAAGAACGCUCAGGCUACUGGCGCGAUGGCUUAUAUCCAAGGAACCGCUGGGGCCAACCCGAUGGCAGCGGAACUAGCGGCAUCAAAGGAGGCCACCGCGGCGGCUCAAGAAGAGACCUCCGCGGUGAAAGCAGCCAAAGACUUGGAACUCGAGGCAGCUACGAUUUACCAGGAACAUCUCGAAAAAGCCCUGGGCGGUGAUGGCGCGAUCUUAACGGCCCCAUGGGACCCGAAUUUCUUUUACCGUUUCUCGCAUCGAUGUGCGUUCAUUUGGGCUACCGCGGUGCGCGAUGGGCUCACCUCCCGCGGGAUACCUCCGAACACCGCCGAGUACAAGAGGGAGAUGUUCAAAAACACGGUCCUUCAUAACAGCAUGAACAUUGACAACCGUGUCAAGAAGCGCUACCCCGUCCCAUCGCCAACUCCCAACGUCACUACCUCGAGAGUCAGCAAUCGACGCAGUUUCUUUGCCAAUGCCCCGGCCGAAGAAAAAAAGGUCAAGGAAGAACCCAUUAGUCCUUCAACCUCAAAACGCACCUUGGAAGCCUCAACCUCUCGCGACGCGGUGGCUGCGCCCAAGAAAAUUAAGUCUGAAGGAACCUCAGGCAUUACACCUAGCAAAUCGAUUUCACUCCUCACCUCGGACGAUGUCCCCAAAUCCGAGCAUGAGGGUUUGUCCUCGGAUGUGGAAUUUGUGGUGACCCAUGCCACCCUAUUGGACGAUUUCCUUUUGGAAUGCGAUGUCCCCCGCACUGACCUGGCCACUCGCGCGAUUUUGCGCAACGCGGGAGUUUCUUCUUGGACCGAUCUGGUGCCAAGUGUUCAAAUGACGGCUAAUGUUUUGACUGGUCAUGGGAUGUCAUUCUCCUUGGCCAGUCGUCUCAUAGAUGCUGCAGAAGAGGCGGAUUUCCUCUAUUCGUAUUCACCUCCUGCAAAUUGA